UAUGGAACCCAAAAAUACAAUGGUUUGGCACCAUCGACAAUCAGAAUUACAGCCUAAACUGAAAUUAAAUUUGGUGUUAGUUACUAGAGCACAUCAUCAUCAAUUAAAGUUGCUAUUUGGCAUUUUUAAAUAAUAAAGUAAACAGACAACUCAAUUCAGAUGAAGGAGAAUGCAGAGAAAUGUGAUAAAAUGAUAUCUCAUAUAAAAAUGGAUGUAAUGGAAGUUUACACAAAGAGGCUGCCGGAGCCCGCCUGUACUCAAGAAAUUCCGGAGUGCAUUUGGUGACAUAGUCCGGGAAUGGUUUUUAAUUUAGAACUUGGGAAUUUCCCUUUGUAAAGCUUAUUGGAUAAACUGUGACUUGAAGAAGGAAGUAGCCUGUAGCAGCCGAUUUCCAAGUAAUUUAGCAGAAAUUUUCAAAUUAAGAAACAUCAUUAAAAGAAAAGGAGUAUUAUGUCCCUGUGUAACCAUACCUAUGAUUCCUAACGUAAAUAUGAUGAUCAAGGUCAGAUGGCCAGUGUGUUCGACACAUUAGAACCAAAGAACAACGGAGAUUCUGGAAGUUACUCGUCAAAUGUUAAUUUUCUUACUGAACCGGAAGACGGUUAUGACUUUGAAUUUGUGAACUUAAAAGAUGACAAAUAUGACUGUCCAAUUUGUUUACUUAUUUUACGUGACCCAGUUCAAACACCUUGUGGACACAGAUUUUGUCAUAAAUGUAUACACAGGUGGUUAAGUGAGUCUGGUGAACAACGUUGUCCUGUAGAUAAUACAACUGUGAUAAGAGACCAAGUGUUUCCAGAUAAUUUUGCCAAACGUGAAAUCCUUAGUUUACAAGUUAAAUGUCCCAAAUCCAAAGAAGGCUGUAAAGUGAUAGAAGUUCUUAAGCAAUUACCUAAACAUUUAGAGGUGUGUGGUUAUGUGCCAAUUCCAUGUCCUAAUGAAUGUAGUGAUAUAUUACUACGUAAAGACUUACCUCAUCAUCUAUCUCAGAUCUGUACAAAACGGAAAAUUGUCUGUUGUAAAUGUGGUGAACAGGUGACAGCAGAAAGAGAACAGGAACACCUGCAUAAAGAGUGUCCUAUGGUGACAGUUGUAUGUCAAUACUGCCAGAUUGAACUCUUGAGAAAUCAGAUAAAUAGCCAUGAAGAAUUUGACUGUCAGAGAGUAAUAGUUCCCUGUCAGUAUCAACCCAUGGGUUGCACCACAAGGCUGGAGAGAUGUGAAAUGUCACAACAUUUACAAGAAUCCAUACAACAGCAUAUGAAUUUGAUGUUCAACAUUUUAAUGCAGCUGAGCUCAGCUGUACAAAAUAUAGCCCCUGGAGCAUUACAACAUUUUACUGCAGUCCCACAAUCUCACAGUUUACCUGUCACAUCAUCAGAACAAUCAAUCACAAACUUACUAGAAACUUUACGUAUAGGUGUACAGCAUAUAGGUGUACAGCAAGGAAUGAAUGUCUUAUCAAACCCGACUCCAAUUCCUUAUUCACCUGAUUCUAAUGUCUCCUCCGUCGAGGGUUUCCCAGAACCUGUCGCUAGUAGUCAUAGUCAUAGUCUGAUCGAGAGGAAUAUAAGUGAGCAAACACAAAUUGCUCCGAGUAUAAGUUAUUCUUCUCAGCAAUCCAAUAAGGAUGUAGAAGGUGGGGCUUAUGUCUCUGUCCAACAAGGAUAUGAAUUAAAGUCUCUGAAAGAUCAGAAUGUUACACAGGACGAAAGUUUAGCUAGACACGAACAUCAAAUCGAUCAAAUUCGUGGUAGAAAUGAUAAUCAUGAAAAAAUUGUCAAGGAUUUAAAUAAACGGCUUAAAAUGUUAGAAAGUACUAUUAAUGAAUUUGAAGGAAGGACUUGCAGUGGAACUUAUGUUUGGAAAAUAAGAAAUUACCGCAAAUACAGAAGAGAAGCAGAAAUUGGUGAUACAACAGCAAUUCACAGUCCACCAUUUUAUUCUCAUUUCUAUGGGUACAAGUUAUGUAUAAGAGCCAAUUUAAAUGGUGUAGAUUCUGCCCGAGGAACUCAUCUUUCUAUUUUUAUUCAUUUUAUGCAGGGAGAUUAUGACGACAUUUUAGACUGGCCUUUUAAUGGCAGAAUAAUAUUGACCGUUAUUGAUCAAAAUCCUGUAUGUGAAUUACGGCAUCAUGUUGUUGAAACUUUAAUCUCUAAACCAAAUUUAGCUGCAUUUCAAAGACCAAAUACACCUCGCAAUCAUAAAGGCUUUGGGUAUAUGGAAUUUUUGCCAAUUGGAAUUCUGGAUAAUUCUACAUAUGUUAGAAAUGAUACAUUGAUAAUCAAAGCAUGUAUUUUGCCAAAUGGAUAGUAUAUAUAGUGUGGUUUUAGUAUAUUUUUAAAUAAAUUAAAGAUCAUUGAUGUUUAUAUAAAGAGGUACAUUAGCGUAAAUCAAAUUUA